AAGUAGGAUUUGACCCCACCGUGGGCUAUGAAAACCAUUUUCAGAAAGGGGGACAGUCGGUCCUACAACGAGGUUGGAUGUUCAUAUAGCAUAAUAGUCUCAUCGAUAUAAAACUAGAACAGAUUACAAUAUAGCCUAGCGUUAGCCUACAAUGUUCCAGUUUAUUCUGGAAUUGUUCAGCGUUGUACAGACUUCAUUCCGAACUUUGAACAAAGCUGCUCGCGGGGCUUCCAGUGGUUACUUCUCGUCUCCGGUGAAAAGAAGAGGGUGGAGGGUUAAAUUGGUUUUCUCAGACUUUCACGGCAGUUUGCAGAGUCUCUCCCGGUCGUGUGAGUAAACUGAUCCGGACAGGCUCGGUCUAAUGCACUGUGGGGGAGGAGAGAGAGAAGAUACUCCAUCUCUCUUUUUAUUGGGCGCUGCCACUGAAAAGAAGAGGGUGGAGUGCUCAGUUGUUUUUCUCUGGCUUCAACGAUAGUUUGCAGAGUCUCUCCCCGUCUUGUGUGUAAACUGAUCCGUACAGGCUCGGUGUAUUUUCUUGAGAGAGAGAGAGAGAGAGGGGGAGGAGUGGGAGAAGAUACUCCAUCCCUCUUUUUCUUGGUCGCUUUACCGCGGGCGUUACAGUUCAACGUGCAGUUUCUUGCCAAUUCAUCAGGGCGGACUUAAUCCAACAGUGUGUUCGUCUUUGAAUAUGAAACACAUUUGAAUUCAUUCUGUAUUUCCGUUUUUUGGGCGUGAAGAAAAAUCUCUUGUCGUGGGGAAAGUGUCAAACUUCCAUACCGUGUCAUAUUUCCCGGGAUUUAGAGCGUCGUUGCUCGCUCGCUCCCUUUCGGCAUCUCACAAUGUUUUCUCUCCCGGGGAAGAACUGAACUUUUUUAGGACUUCGUUUUGGUUGUAAAAAUAGAGGAGACGAACCGAUUAGGACUGCGAGUUCGUGUUCAACUACAAAUUCCUGAGAGAUGGCGUGGCGGUGGGUCCUGGCUGCCAUCUUGGCGACGUUGUCUCUCUCCCUCCUCGGCUCCGCCUACGACGAGUUCACCUCCGACACCCUCAUCAACAACGUAGUCCAGGACCCAAUCACCAGCCGGCUGUACGUGGGCACGGUCAAUGCCCUCUACCAACUGGACCAAUCCCUGCACCCUGAGGCACACACCAGAACAGGACCCGAACUGGACAACCGCCAGUGUACCCCGCCCGUGACUUCCUGUGAGGAAGCAGUGGAGACAGACAACCAUAACAAACUGCUCCUCAUCCAUCCAUCCAAAGACACCUUGAUAGUGUGUGGGAGUCUGUACAGAGGAAUCUGUUCUCUGAGGAACCUGUCUAAUGUGGAGCAGCUGCUGUACUUCAGCGAUACGAAAGGAGAGAAGUCGUACGUGGCCAGUGCUGAGGAGAGUGUGUCGGUAGUAGGGGUCAUGUCUUACUACUUCAACAAGGACAAGGGGAACUUCACCGUCUUCCUGGUGGCUAAGGGCUACGGCAGCCAUGACAGCACCAAGCUGAUCAGCACCCGUAUCCUCCAGGUCCAUAGUGACUGGGUGUUGUUCGACAGCAUCAUCGAGGCCUCGGCCGUCCAGUCCAACCCCUUCACGCUGCGCUACCUCCAUGACUUCAGACACGCCUUCAAGGACGAGGGCUUUGUCUACUUCCUGUUCUCCAGAACCCUGGGCGCCCAGGAUUCAGGAACCAAGAACUUCACCUUUAUCUCCAGGAUGUGUGAGAACGACCACAACUACUACUCGUACACAGAGCUCCAGCUGAACUGCAGCGCGGGGAACAAGUACAACAAGGUUCAGGCAGCCUACGUGACCCUCCCAGGAGACGCCCUGGCCAAGAAUAUGAGCUCCUCUGGCUGGUACGGACCGGUUGGAGCCCAGGAUAAGGUUGUGUUUGUGGUGUUCAGCUCGGACGACGACAGCUCCAGCUCGGCAGUGUGUAUGUACCCACUGAGGGCCAUCAACCAGAGACUGGUGGAGAUCAUAGGAGCCUGCUACAGCACCAAGGGACAAAUAAACAACAAGUCUGCUGUCUACUCACCGUACUCCUCCAAGUCAGACGAGCUGUGUAAAAUUGAAAAUGAGAAGGGCAUGGUGACCAAUCAAAAGUGUGGUGCUGAGUUCCUGCCCUCCCCACUGGCCAGCAGGGCAGAGUUCGCCCUGGCAACCAACCCCGUUUUCACCAAGAAGGGCCUGAUGACCGCUGUGGCCGUCGCUGUGGAAACGGAGCACGCCGUUGCCUUCCUGGGGACUACUUUAGGAGAGGUGUUGAAGCUGCACCUGUCGACCAGUCCAGAGGUGUACGGCCGCGCCCCUGGGGAGAACACCGGGGACAAGGUCAACAAGAACCUGCUGUUUGACACCAGCCUCACACACCUCUACAUCACCACAGAGAAGAAGAUCACCAAGGUUCCAGUGCAGGCCUGCCACCUGAAGACAGACUGCCAGUCCUGUGUGGCACAGAAAGACCCCUACUGUGGCUGGUGUGUGCUGCAGGGCAAGUGUACCAGGAAGGGAGACUGUCCCAGGGCUGAGGAUGACAACACGUGGCUGUGGAGCCCCAACCAGCAGUGUGUUCAGAUCCAGGCCUUUAACCCACCCAACCUCAGCUGUAGGAAGACCGAGCAGGUUGAAAUCUACAUCCCCUCCCUCCCCAAGAUCGGCCCUUCUGACAUUAUCAAGUGCAGGUUUGGUUCGGACACUAGUGGAGCUGUGAUGAUGGACCAGAAGGUCAUCUGUGCCCUCCCCGACCCUGUGAACAUCCCCUCUACACCUGACAAGCAGGACUUUGUGACAGUGCAGGUGAAGAUCCUGGUCAACGACGCCAUCGAGGUGACGACCAGCGAAUACAAGUUCUACAACUGUGCCGCCACCGGCAGGAAGUCCAGGAACACGCCGUGUAUAGCAUGUGUGACCAGUGAGUGGCAGUGCCAGUGGAAUGCCCAGGACCACACCUGCAGUGACAGAGAUGUCUCUGUAGAUGGAGCUCACAUCGUCAAAGCCCAACAAGCUGAUAGCUGUCCUCAGUUUGAGAACCCAGACCCUCAUCUCAUCCCUGUAGGCUACCUCAUCCCCAUCAGCUUCCAAGGGAAGAACCUGGACAUUUACAAGGAUCACACAUUUAAAAUUGGCACGGAGCUCAUGAAACACACGGAGGAAGAGUUCACCUUUAAUGAGGGGUUAAAGUUCAACUUCAAGGGUUAUGAGUUUGCCUACGACAAGGAGCAGGAGGUCAAUGUGUCCUUCCACAUCAAAGACCGAGACACAGAGAAGGAGAUUGACAGCACUCUGACUGUGGUGUUGUAUAACUGUUCUCUGGGUCGUGAGGACUGCAGCCUGUGUAAGAAUGCUGACCCCAAAUACAGCUGUGUGUGGUGUGCCAACAUGAGGUCCUGUGUGUACAGAGAAUUGUGCCGGUCCCAAGAACCAGCUCAGUGCCCCAACCCCAAGAUCACUGAGAUCAUCCCUCGUUUCGGGCCUCUGAACGGUGGGAUAGUGGUGACCAUUAAAGGGUCUAACCUGGGCAUAAAGAAGGAGGACAUUAAGAAGGUGACGGUGGCUGGAGUGGACUGUGUUCACCAGGGGGACAGAUACUCUGUCUCCACCAGUGUUGUGUGUGAGAUCGGUCCGGUCCGGUCUUCAGUGGACCACCCAGGUCCCAUCAACCAGGGGGUAGUGGAGGUGGAGGUGGAGGGGGGCAGGAGAGGACGUUCAGAGGUCCUCUUCACCUACAGGGACCCCAUCCCUGAGAAAGUUUCCCCCCUGAAGGGCCCUGUGGCCGGGGGAACAGUCAUCACCAUCUCUGGGAAACACCUGGAUACGGCAAACAAGAAUGAUGUCAUUGUCACCGUGGGGGGAACGCCCUGUGAAGUGUUGUCGUUUGGCAGUGAGAUCACCUGUAAGACAGGUGUAUACAAGGGACAAAAGGUUCCAUUGGAGUCUCUGAGAGUCUCUGUGAAGUAUGGGAAGAGCACCACCAAGGACGUCCCCGUCACCUUCAACUUCCAGUACUCCGAGAACCCCAAACUCACGGACUACAGCCCCAAGACCAGCUUCGUAUGUGGAGGCAGGAGGAUCGUGUGUGUGGGCAGUGGUUUUGACCUCAUCCAGAGAGCCACCAUGAAUGUGCUGCCCUCUGCUGAUGACUUCCCUCAGUCCCCUCCUGUUGAGUUCAUCCAGUAUGCCGUACAUAAGAACGACACUGUGCUGCUGUUUGACAGUCCAGUGGUGAACAGGUCCUCUGAGACCCAGUCCUUUAGGGCCUUCCUCCAGCUAGACAACGUGAUAGAGGAACUGAAUUCCUUUGAGUACCACCCCGACCCAUUCUUCAAUGAACUGACCAAGAACAUCAUCACUGAAACCUCCAUCAUCAUCGUUACGGGUCGUGGUUUCAGCAAGGCCAUGACAGCUGAAGAAGCCCAGGCGUUCGUGGGAGAUGCGUCCUGUAAGGUGACCAUCCUGCAGGAUGACAAGCUGUUCCUGGAAGCUCCGUCCACCCAGCCCAGAGCCCGCUCCAAACGCCAGCGCAGAGACACCAGCUCCGACCCUUUGGACCUAACGAUAAAGUUUGGUAAUGGUGAGUGGGUGGUGGGCUCAGUGAACUAUGAGAGGAAGUAUGAGGUUCCUUUGGCUAUCAUCAUCCCAGCUGUCAUCGUCCCUAUGCUACUGUUCAUAGCUGUGUCCGUCUACUGCUACAGGAGGAAGAGCCAGCAGGCAGAGAGAGAGUAUGAGAAAGUCAAACACCAGUUGGAUCAUCUGGAGGAGAGCGUGAGAGACCGCUGCAAGAAGGAAUUCACAGACCUGAUGAUUGAGAUGGAGGACCAGACCAAUGACCUGAGUGAGGCCAGGAUCCCCUUCCUGGACUAUAAGACCUACACAGACCGGGUCUUCUUCCUGCCCUCUAAAGACGGAGACAACGACGUCAUGAUCACUGGCAAGCUGGACAUCCCAGAGGGACGGAAGGUCAUCGUAGCUCAGGCCCUCAACCAGUUCUCGAACCUGCUCAACUCUAAGACCUUCCUCAUCAAUUUCAUCAAGACCUUGGAGGGCCGUCCAGACUUUAACGCCAGGUCCAGGGUCUACUUUGCCUCGUUACUGACCGUGGCUCUGCAUGGUAAACUAGAGUACUACACAGACAUCAUGAGAAGCCUGCUGCUGGAGCUGAUGGAGGAAUAUGUGCACAGCAAGAACCCCAAACUCAUGCUGCGCAGGUGAGACACACCCUGC